UUGGACCCUGAAAACUUUGAUGCGCUAGUAGCACUUGCGAUCAUGGAUUUGCAAACAAAUGAAGCUGGUGAAAUUCGCAGUGGGAUGGAGAAAAUGAGAAGAGCCUUUGAAAUUUAUCCUUAUUGCACUUUGGCACUCAACCACCUGGCCAACCAUUAUUUCUUUACUGGCCAGCAUUUUGUGGUUGAGCAACUGAGUGAGACUGCUCUGUCUUCAAGCAGUCAUGGACUACUGAAAUCACAAUCCUACUAUAACUUAGCCAGAUCAUACCAUAGUAAGGGUGAUUUUGAGACUGCUGGACGGUAUUAUAUGGCAUCUGUCAAAGAAGUCAAUAAACCGCAAGACUUUGUGUUGCCAUUUGUUGGCCUUGGUCAAAUACAAUUAAAAUUCGGUGACUUCAAACGUUCCUUAGCUAGCUUCGAGAAAGUGCUGGAGGUACACCCCGAAAAUUGUGAAAGUUUGAAGGCUAUUGGGAACAUCUAUGCAAACUUGGGUGAGAAUGACAAAGCCAUAGAAACCUUUAAGAAGGUUACACGGAUUGAUCCAAAAGAUCACCAGGCAUUUGUUGAACUCGGUGAAUUGUUGGUAGAAUCUGAUUGGGCUGCUGCCAUGGAAUACUUAAAGACAGCAUGCACUCUCCUAAGGAAGGCAGGAGAGAAAAUACCGGUUGAAUUGCUCAAUGGAAUUGGACUUCUUUAUUUUGAGAAGGCAGAGUUUGAGUUGGCUGAGCAAAGUUUUAAGGAAGCUCUAGGAGACGGUAUCUGGGUUUCAAUUAUGGAUGGGACUGCUGGUAGUUCCAUAGCAAACUGGAGUGUGCAGUACAGGGAUCAGAGUUUUUUUCACCAACUUGAAGAAAACGUAUCUCUUGAAUUACCCUGCGAUAAAGUCACCACAUUGUUUAACUAUGCAAGAUUAUUGGAAGAGCUUCAUGAUACUGUGAAAGCCAGCCUCCUUUACCGUCUCAUUAUUUUCAAGUACCCAGACUACAUUGAUGCCUAUCUGAGGUUAGGGUCUAUUGCAAAAGAAAAAAACAAUAUUCAACUGAGCAUUGAGCUGAUAGGUGAUGCUCUAAAGAUAAAUAGUAAGUAUCCAAAUGCACUGUCUAUGCUUGGAAGUCUUGAACUUCAGAGUGAUGAAACCUGGCUCACUGCGAAGGAACAUUUCCGUGAUGCUAAAGAUGCUACUGACGGAAAAGACCCAUACUCUUGGCUUCAGCUGGGCAACUGGAACUACUUUGCUGCCAAUCGCCCUGAGAAAAAGGCCCCGAAAUUCGAGGCCACUCAUCGGGAGAAAGCAAAGGAACUUUUUUUGAAUGUACUAAAGCAGAACCAUGGUAAUAUGUUUGCUGCAAAUGGUCUUGGAAUCUUACAUGCUGAGAAAGCCCAAUGGGAUAUUGCGAAGGAGUUAUUUACACAGGUACAUGAAGCUGCAUCAGGAAGUAUAUUUGUUCAGGUACCUGAUGUAUGGAUCAAUUUGGCCCACAUAUAUUUUGCUCAAGGCCUUUUUCAACAAGCAGUUAAAAUGUACCAAAACUGUGCACGGAAGUUCUUCUACAACACAGAUGCAACUACACUCCUAUACCUUUCCCGAACACAUUAUGAAGCUGAGCAAUGGCAAGACUGCCGGAAAUCUUUGCUGAGAGCUAUACAUUUGGCUCCAUCAAAUUAUUUAUUACGGUUUAAUGUUGGCGUUUCAAUGCAGAAGUUUUCUGCUUCUACUCUACAGAAGACAAAACGAACAGUUGAUGAGGGAGAAGUCGUUUUUGGUUUGAAGGCUGACGGUGACACUGCUUUUGUUGGGGUGAUUAUUGGACUGAUCAACUUUUGUGGAGAAGAAUCCUUUGGCUGCAUUCUCUUGCCCUUGAUAAUCUGGUCUCGGUCCAUGAUGUGCUUACCACCCAAGACCCUCUGGAUCUAUUCCACCCCCCUUUCCAGCCAGGGUUUUGUUGAAUUCCAUGAGUUCAGACAUUUCCUGAUCAGCUUGCAUUUUUUCCCGUAUGCUGCCGAUUCUUGGUCCUUCUCAUGGGGUUAACUUUCUCAUCUUCAGAAAUCUACAAGGCUCAUUUUCAGCAUCUCCGAGCUCCAUCCUUCACCUCUUGCCAUGGAAUUCCAAGUGCUCUCCUAAGCUCAAAGGCUUUGCCUGGCUCCUGAAUGAGAAACUUAACACCAAGACAUGCUUCAACUUCGCCAGUUUAAUUCCCCUGGGGCUCCAUUUGCUCUCUCUGCCAAUCGAACUCCUCCGGAACUCGCGAUCACCUCUUCUGGCUUAGCUUCAGCUCCUCAUGCUGGCAGUGUCUCAGACUUCGCUUUGAUAUCCACACUUCAUCCAUGGAGGAGUUUGUUUCCCAGGCGAAACUUAUGAUCAGCAAGCCUUUCUUCCUUGAGGUUCUUGUGUUUGCGGCGUGGAAUAUCUGGAAGCAGAGAAAUGCUAAAGUAUCUGUUGUUUAACUUCAAGAGGGGUCUUUUCUUUCUUACAGAAUGAGGGAUUAGCUUUCCGCCUCUCUCAGGCUCAGGCUGGAUUGGCUUUUUUCUAGCCCUAGCCCUUCUUUCUAGUUUCCCCUUUGUACAACCCCCUCCCCCCUCUCUACUUCUGCUAUUAUUAAUAAAAUUUACUGUCGGGGCCUCCCCUACCGUUUCCGCUAAAAAAGGCUCAUGGUUACAGAUGCAGCCACUACCAAAACCUAUAUGAAUCAUCCUUGCAUCUCCCUGUAUUUGGUUGGGUGGGACUGUGGGAGGCUUUUCCACCCUGGACAAGCUCACUAAACUUGGAAGGAAUGUCCCCCAGAAAUGUUUGACAGGCCCAUUCACCCAUUUGACCAAAUAAGCUCAUCCAUGCACAACUAAUCAUGAGCGUUGGCAAUAGUUGGUGAUAAUUACUUCAAGAUUGGGAUUGAUAAGUGAUCUAGUUAUUCACACUUAUGCUUAGUUUCCGAUUGUUGAACCAUGUUGUCAACUUGUGAUGAAAUAUUCCUCAGUAAUCUGUUGUGAAAAAAUUAGGCACAUAAAUAGGAAAACGCUGGUUAGCCAACCAUAAAAAAAAAUAUAGAAGCUGAUUACAUAAACAUGAUGAUCGUAAUCCACUGAAAUGCCAAAUGCAGCUUAGUGUUAGCGUCUGCUGAUUAGUGGAUGAUAACUAUUAUUAAUGAAAGUUAAUGGCAUAAUUUAAUUAAUUAAUAGCGUCCAUCCAUCCCAAACAAAAUGCUGCAGAGUCUCAUCCAUCAAAGAUGGAGUGUUUGUAUUCCAUCCUGAAUUUUCAGGUUGUCCUAUCCCAUUCAACCUGACCCUAUCUAAACACUACCUUGUGUGAACCACAUGAUCCUGGUGUUGCAUACAAGUCCCCUGUUAAGAUCUAUACCAAACUUUUUCCGUGCCGCAAGCUACAGCAGACAAAACUACCGCAAUGUUCUGGCAAUAUAAAUUGGGUAGUCCCAUCUACAGACUUAUUGGAGCAUAGAUCUGACCCGGAUAUGCUGAAAGAUGGUAUUAUGAAUUACAGGCCUACAGCUCUAUCAUAGGGAAUAAAAGCCUCAUGACAGUUUUUUUCUUCACUAAAUAGAUCGCUUCUUUCAGAGGCCAUCGCCCACCUUCUUGUUUAAGAUAUGACAAUCUAUCAUCUUGUAUGUACUCUUUACUAACCACAGAA